CUGCUGUCCGGGGAUGGGCGGGUUCUGGCAGAGACAGUUGGACCCUGCACCAACCACUGGCUGGUUGGCGUGGACGCUUGUCUGGAAACCAUCAACGACAUGGUCCAGAAAGCCAAGGUCCAGGCAGGACUGGAUCCAGGCGCCCCGUUACGCUCUCUGGGGAUGUCUCUGAGCGGAGGAGACCAGAAAGACGCCAUCGACCAUCUGAUCACCGUCAUGAAGGAACGUUUCCCCGGCCUCAGCCAGCACUACUUCAUCACCACCGACGCCAUCGGCGCCAUGGCAACGGCCAGCGAUCGCGGAGGCGUCGUCUUGAUAUCAGGGACCGGCUCCAACUGCAAGUUGGUCAAUCCUGACGGUUCGCAGGUCGGCUGCGGAGGCUGGGGCCACCUGAUGGGAGAUGAAGGCUCAGCUUUCUGGGUGGCUCAUCUGGCCGUGAAAACGGUGUUUGACGCCAAAGACAACCUGGUGGCGCCGCCUCAUGACGUCACACGUGUCAGAGAAGCCAUGGAGGAGUACUUCGAGGUGUCGGAUCUGAUGGGGAUGCUGCCACAUCUCUACAGAAACUUCCAGAAAUCUUUCUUUGCUGGUUUCUGCAAGAAGGUGGCUGAAGCUGCAGAAGCUGGAGACGCCCUCAGUCGGUACGUGUUCGCUCGGGCUGGGAGGGUCCUCGCUGAACACGUGGUGGCAGUUUUACCUGCAGCGCAGGAGCCUUUAUUAAGCGGCGACCUGGGGCUGCCCGUGUUGUGCGUGGGCUCCGUGUGGAAGAGCUGGUCUCUCCUGAAGCCGGGGUUCACCGAGGUCAUGGACACGGCCGAGCUGAAGGGUCGUUUCCGUGGCUACAGCCUCCUGAUUCUACAGCAGUCCUCGGCCCUCGGAGGAGCCCGUCUCGCUGCACAGAGUUUAGGCGCCUCCAUCCAUAUGGAUUACGCCGCUAACGCUAAAGUCUUCCAUCAUCGCUCCUUCAGUGGCGACAGCUAAUCACAAGUCCACGUUUAGAGUUCAUAACUAAUUAGAAUCCUUCAAUC